AUGUUGCUCUCAGAUACCCUCCGGGUCAAAGAAGAACCCACAACCGUCGGCUGCCAGGGCGUUUUCUGGAGGGCCCGCAGCGCCUUCUUUGGCGCCCCGCAGUCUCUCCCGGGCCCCACCCGGCUUGUGAAAAACAUCCCUGCCCUGCCUCCCAGAUCUCAGACAGCUGAAGCGGGCGGCGGCACGGCGGUGAUGAGGGUGAAAGCCACGCGGUGUCCUCCCCUCCUCCAGCAAGGGGCCUUGUUCCGGACCGACCCAGCUCGGUGGAAACGGUAUGGACGUGCCCGGACCCCGAGAUGGCGGAGUUUGAAAUUCUUGCGGGCUCACCGGCCCCUCUUCAACGCUCGUACCGUCCUGUGCCUCGUGGCAGCUGACCCUCACUUCAUCCACCGGACCGUCGGCAGGGACCGACCGCUCGUCCUGCUGCUGCACAUCCUGCAGCUGGACCAUCGUCCAGCACCAAUCGCAGCCGGCACCGGUCCAAAUUUCUCCCUGGCCGACCUGGACAGCUCCUCCUACUACAGCAUGAGUCCAGGAGCCAUGAGGAGACCGCUACCUAGCACCUCCUCCUCCAGGUGUCUGGAGGCGUUCUGUAUCUAUGGCAGCGUGGGCCGUGUGGAGGAGCCUUAUGUCAGCAUCACCAGGAAGAAGCAGAUGCCUCACGGGGGUCAGUCUGAGGAGGUGGAGCGGCAGGUGGGGCAGGCGGAGGGGAAACUGUUUACACACCGAGCAGCCUUCGCCCGCACCUCUGUCAUUCAGGCCUUCCUGGGAUCUGCCCCCCAGCUCACCCUGCAGCUCUACAUCUGCGUCCUGCAGCAGGGGGUGUCCAUCGGAAGAGGCACACUGAUGGUGAUCUCCCUCCUGUCCAUUGUGUACGGAGCGCUGCGCUGCAACAUCCUGGCCAUUAAGAUCAAAUAUGAUGACUACGAAGUGGACGUCCGACCUGUGGCUUAUCUGUGCAUUUUCCUGUGGAGAAGCUUUGAGAUCGCCACUCGUGUGGUGGUUCUGGUUCUCUUCAGCUCUGUGCUGCAGCUCUGGGUCCUGCCCGUGGUUCUGCUCAACUUCCUCGUUUUCUUCCUCUACCCCUGGAUCCUGUUCUGGCAGAGCCACUCACCGUUCCCGGAGAAUAUAGAAAAGACUCUGACCAGGGUGGGAACCACCAUCGUACUCUGCCUGCUCACCUUCCUCUACGCCGGCAUCAACAUGUUCUGCUGGUCGGCUGUGCAGGUGAAACUCAAUGACCCAGACCUUAUCAACAAGUCCCAGAACUGGUAUCGCAUGGCUGUGUACUACAUGUUGCGUUUUGUGGAGAAUGCCUCGCUGCUCCUGCUGUGGUACAUCUAUAAGACCGACUUCUACAAGUUCAUCUGCGCCCCACUGCUGGUGCUGCAGCUGCUGGUAGCCUACACCAUCGCCAUCUUCUUCAUGCUGGUCUUCUACCAGUUCUGUCAUCCAUGUCGGCGGCUCUUCUCCUCCAGCAUGACCCAGGGCCUUUGGAACUGCUCCUCUCUUAUCUGUCUCAUGUGCAACUCUGCUUCUCCACAAAACAGGCCGAUGGGAAAGUCUGUCCUGGAGCCAGCCGGCUCCAAGGAGCCGACUAACGACGGAGCCCACGACACAGCCAGUGACAGCACAGACGACAUGCCUAAUGACACAACGUAUGACAUGCUCAAUGAUACGAUCUAUGACACGCCUAAUGAAAUGAGCAAUAAUAUACGCGGUGGAAUCAAUGGGGACAUUAGCCACAGUGUAUCCUGCAAUGCUUAAACAAUUGUUUGACGUGCCAUUCAGAGGAACAACUCUGACAGUUAUCACACAACCCCUCUGUAACCUUUAAAGUGCCACAUGAAUCCCUCUGUGAGUUGAGUUUACACUUUAAAUCCUUUCUUUGAAUCUUAAUAUUCAUAUAUCCUCUAUAUCUCAACUCUGUCCGCCACUCCUACAUGAAGCAAAUGUGUCCUUAACCGGAGGGAUCUAUUCUGGCUGCAGACAUGCAUAGUGUCCACUCGUGUUAUCCAGAGGUGAUGCUCACCUGUCUCAUCAGCCGACAUCCUGGACGACGUCAUUCUGCAGCCUUUAAUAAAAACUCAUGGACAAGCACCAUUACGUCUUUGGUUUCAGAGACUGUGUCCACUUAUAUGCUGCAUUACUGAUCACAAGGAGCCAUGCAUUUGAAUUGAUUGUAUUUAGUAUCUCUCUUUGGCAUGGAGGUGUGCAUGUGUGGAGCCUCAGACGAGGUGUUGUUCUGCAGGGGGGCAGCGAGGUUGUUUUGUACAGGGUUUUUUCUGAACCCCCCCUACCACCACCACCACCACCACCUCUGUAGUUUUAUGGCUGCAAGCAAUCAGCUUUUUUACUCCUUGAUAAGAGCUUUAUCAUUAAUAUGCGCUGCUUCUGUGAUGUAUUUGUGCUUGACGACGAGAUGAGAAUCUCCACACAUUGUUAAAGAGCCUCUUCGGUCACCACACACGUUACUGUAAAGCACGGACAUCUCCAGGCAUCACGUUUUUGCACGUUUACAAAAUGGAUUUAAGUGGCUUUGGUUUACCUGUUGAGCAGCAGCAGCUGUAGUGAUGUGAAAUGCUUUGUUUGGAUGUAUUUGCAUUUUUCUAAUUCAUGCUUGUUACGUCUGUCAGCUCUGUGUCUGUAUGUCUCAUUAGUUAGGAUAUUUACACCGAGUGCACAUACAAAUUAAUUAUAUCUAAUUGAAACAUUUUUGGAAUUGUAACAAGUAUUUUUUGCUUAUUUUCAACCUUUUGAUGUAUAACUGUGUGAGAGAGAAUGUCAGUGUUGCACUAGCUCCUUUUUGCAAUGUAUCUGCAGAGGGACGACAACCCUGUAUGUUCCUAAUGUUUGUACAAAUAAGACCUUUGAAGCCAAAAAAAAAUAUAUGAAAACCCUAUUAUACAUCAUCUGACAUUCUCAUACAGAGCAAGAUAAAAGGUAUUUAAAAGAUAAA